AUGCUAUUGAAUUUGCUCAAAGCAACUGGGGGUGCUGAACGGGGGCCUAGUGACGGUAUUUCCAUUCCUGUCGCCAAGGAGGAUCCUAGCCUCAGUGGUAGUGGAGAAAGAAGGGGUGGUGUGGUGAGCUCACAGCUCAGAUCGAUCGCGGCAAUGGCGUCUCGGGCCGUCGAGGUGGCGGCGUUGGUGCUGUGCGCGGUGUGGGCGGCGGCGGCGGCCGGCAAGUUCGACGACGUGGUGGAGCCGAGCUGGGCGAAUGACCACGUCGUGUACGAGGGCGACCUCCUCAAGCUCCGCCUCGACAGCGCGUCAGGCGGUGGGUUCGCGUCGAAGAGCAAGUUUCUGUACGGCAAGGCGAGCGCCGACCUGAAGCUCGUGCCGGGGGACUCCGCCGGAGUGGUCACUGCUUUCUAUCUGUCGUCCGGCGGGGACAAGCACAACGAGUUCGACUUCGAGUUCCUGGGCAACGUCACCGGCGAGCCGUACCUGGUGCAGACGAACCUCUACAUCGACGGCGUCGGCAACCGGGAGCAGCGCAUCGACCUGUGGUUCGACCCCACCACCGACUUCCACACCUACGCCGUCCUGUGGAACCCCAGCCAGGUCGUCUUCCUCGUCGACGACACCCCGAUCCGCGUCUACGAGAACAAGAACGGCACCACCACCGCCGUCAAGGGCCACCACCGCCACGCCAAUGGCACCGGCAGCAGCAACGCCACGUCCUCCGUGCCGCCGUUCCCGUCGCCGCAGCCGAUGUCGGUGUACAGCUCCAUCUGGAACGCGGACGACUGGGCGACGCAAGGCGGGCGCGUCAAGACGGACUGGUCGCACGCGCCGUUCGUGGCCACGUUCCGCGACGUGCGGGUGGAGGGCUGCGCGUGGGCGGCCAACGCCAGCGACUGGGACGCCGGCGAGGUGGCGCGGUGCACGGGGAGCUCGUGGGGCAAGGAGGGGAGGUACUGGUGGAAGGAGAAGGACAUGGAGGAGCUCACCGUGCACCAGAGCCACCAGCUCGUCUGGGCGCGCGCCCACCACCUCGUCUACGACUACUGCGUCGAUACCGACCGCUUCCCCGUCCAGCCGCCGGAGUGCGCCGGCCGGUGAUCGCCGAUCGCGUGCCCAUGGGUGGAUCAUCAUGGAUGGAACUGCUGGUUUCUUGGUUCGCAAAUGGCCGUUAGUUAUCUCCGAUGAACUUGUCGUUGCAGUUCAUCAUCGUAAUUCUGUAGCUCUCUGGGGGUGUUUCUGUAAAAAAACGUGACUGGG